AUGGGGCGGCAGGGGCCAACUUACCGGAGGAGAGGCCAGUAUCCCCCACCACCUGAGAACACAGAAAAAGGACCUGUGGCCUUCAAGCUGAGGGUUUUCCGGGGUGCAGCCUGCCAGGGGAAAUUCCUCCCACCGCCCCCCCAACCACCCCAUUCCUCAGGACCAGGUGUGGGUGGAGCCUCUAAAGACUGCGUGAUUCGGGGAAGCACUCGGGGCUCCUUUCGCGGUGGAAUCCCCUCCGCACCAACUCGUCUGCGCCCCGUUAGCCCCUCCCUAGAGGAAAUGGCUUCUUUUGAGGAUGCCUACCGCUUUAGGAGCAAUUCCAAACAGAGUUCCCAUAACUCCCCAAACUCUGAAUUUGCAGCCCAAGCUGAGGGCCAAAAUAAUGAGACCGAGGAAGCAAACAAGGUCAAGAGAAAGAGUGCUACACUGCACGACCAAAGCUCUCCAUCCGUUUACGGGAAUGGUAUCCAGGGCAUCCUGAGAAAACUGAUGCCAGAAGGAGAGGAAGCCGCUAGUGCACAACCCAGCACAAGAGAGUGUCCCAACCCUGGACAAAGACCCGCCAGGGUGGUCACCUUCUCUGCUCCUCAGAAAAAGCAACUGCCCGCCCCCGAGGUUAGAGUAGAGAAAGAAAAGAUAGCGAUAGAGCUCAACAAUUUUGGUAACGGGAGAGUGAUUAUCGAUCCGCAGGAGAAACCCUGUAAGAGCGACCAAAAGGUGGUCAUUUUUGAAAAAGGCUCUCCAGCCCUAGAAUUUCUAGACAAACUUAACUCUCGUUCAGAAAUCCAAAAGCAUCAAGAAAAGGAGGUCAUGGCUGAGCGCCCCUUUUCAGGAAGUCACCUGUCUGGUGUGGAAGAGAUACCUGCAGUCAGAUUCCCUCAGGAGAAUCCAGUCUCCCUGGGUUUCUCAAGCUUUUCAAAGCCUUCACCCUUCACCACUGACCUUGUCCUGGACCAGCCUCCUUUGUACAGGGGUCCCUGGCAAGGCUACCCCAGCUACUGGAGCAACAGUCCCCAGCCUCCCUACUAUCCCUCCGUGGGCGGCAGCAGCCACAGCAGCCACAGCUUCUUCAGCGAGUAUCCCUCCGGCUCAGAAAUGGGCUUCCAAAACUGGCCCAGAGACUGGAAGCCCUUAGAGGAAGGUCAGUCCCAGAAUUUUCAUUCCUAUCGUUUCUCCAGAAGUUUAGAAGCAGAGGAGCAAACCGUCCAAGAUGAGACACCAUCAUAUCCUUUUGGAGGACAUGCGUCUAAUUUCUGGGCCCGGGGCCACUGGAGUCAAGGUCUAGAUCAGGGUUUCAUUGACACCCAUUGCCACUUGGACAUUCUCUACUCCAAGCUGUCUUUCAAAGGGACUUUUAGCAAGUUCACAGAAAUGUUUAACUACUCCUUCCCUAAGGAAUUUCAGGGCUGCAUCUCUGAUUUCUGUGAUCCUCGCACGCUAAGGGAUGGCCUCUGGGAGGAGCUGCUGAAAGAUGAUCUGGUUUGGGGGGCCUUUGGCUGUCACCCCCAUUUUGCACGUUACUACAAUGACACUCAAGAAAGAAAGGUUCUGCACGCCUUACGGCACCCCAAGGCCAUAGCAUUUGGAGAAAUGGGCUUAGAUUACUCUUACAAGUGCACCACGCCUGUCCCACAGCAGCACAGAGUAUUCGAGAGACAGCUGCAGCUGGCCGUGUCUCUGAAGAAGCCCUUGGUGAUCCACUGCCGAGAAGCUGACGAAGAUCUGCUGGGCAUCAUGAAAAGAAGGGUGCCCCCUGACUACAAGAUCCACAGGCACUGCUUCACGGGCAGCUACCCAGUCAUCGAGCCCCUCUUGAAGUAUUUUCCCAACAUGUCUGUGGGGUUCACAGCAGUCCUGACCUACUCUUCCGCCUGGGAGACCCGGGAUGCUCUGAGAAUGAUCCCACUGGACAGAAUCGUCGUGGAAACCGAUGCGCCCUACUUCCUGCCUCGUGGGGUUCCCAAAAGCGUUUGCCAGUAUGCCCACCCGGGCCUGGCCCUGCAUACGGUUCGAGAGAUUGCCAGAAUCAAGGGUCAGCCGCUCUCCUACACCUUGGCCGUCUUGCGUGAGAACACGAGUUACCUCUACAACCUUUAA